AAAGAGUGUCACAGUUUGACCAAAAAAAUCAAAUUGUGACAAUCUUUUAGGGACAAAGGGAGUAAUCAAAUUGGAGGUUUCUCUCUCUAAGCAUGUCACGGCAAAGGGGGAGACCGAGGAAGAAAACGAAACCAGACAAUAUAAUUCACCAUCUGCAAAUACUCAAUAUAUCGAAUAGCUCAAGCAAAAUGAACACGCCAGUUCGUACCGCAUCAGAAGAUUCGGGAAAAAAGGAGACAUUGAGAGACGAAGAAAAAGGGGAUAUGGAGAAAGACGGACAGAUAGCAGUUGAGGAAGAGCCGUCGCGAGAACCGCCAGAUGAGGGAUUACAGGUACCUCCUAAAUCUUAUGCUGAAGCAGUGGGUGAUAAAGAGGAACUGGAUUGUAAAGUGCAUUUUAUUGCUGCUAUUGAACAUAAUGGUUGUAAAAUUGCAAAGAUGACGAAGGAUGAUACAGUGGAAGCAUCCACUUACUGGGAAACUGCAAUACCGAUGUGUAUCCUAGGUGCAAAUCCUCCCAUUGAGGUGGUUGAAGGUUUCGCUAAAAGGAUAUGGGAACAGGCAGAUAUUCUGGACGUUACUAUGCUCAAACCUAGGCAAUUUGUGGUUCAUUUUGAGUACGAGGUUCUAGCAAGUAUCGUCAAGAUGGCAAAUGCAGAUAAUAAGCGAGUGGACAAACUCAUUUUAUUUAAUGACACCAUUAAGUUAUUUGACAUUGUCGAUGUGGUCAAGACAGAGCACCUGCUGGUUUCACCAAGAGCAAAUACAUAUAUGCUACGUGUCUUGUCUCAUAUUUCCAUCACUUUGCUGCACGAGCCAAGAUGGUUGAAGAUUCCAAGAGUGGAUUGUUCCUUUGGUUUAGCAUUAUCUCUCCAAUCCAGAAGCAUGAAUGGGAGCCUCCACCUUGAGGACAAGGUGGUUUUUAAGGGGGUGGGAAUGAUAUGAAAAUAGAUUAGUUAAACUCUUUCUGUUCUCAAAAACACUUCCUCUUUCAUUUUUUCCACUUCCAAUAAAACAUUUUCACUUUCUAUUAAAAAAACUACUUUUACCCU